CCGAUUUUCAGUAGCAUUUCCAAAGUUCAGCGUUAGACAACUGGAAGACUGGAAGAGAAAACGACAAUGUUGGACAUAAAACACAGUCAAAGUCAGGAGGUGAUAAAAGUAAAUUAUUUUUGGUUGCGGGAUCAUUGCAGAUGCCCCAGGUGUUAUAAUGUCGAGACCAAGCAAAGGAGAUACAAUUUAUUGGAUAUACCCCGAGAUAUCAAACCAGAAAAUGGCGGAGUGAAAUAUUUGAAGGAUGGCCUCGUUUUGGAAGUGACAUGGAACGAUGGCCACGUUUCGGAAUACGAUAUUGAUUUCAUAUUCAAUUCACAAGUGGAGAAACUGAUAAAACGCAAGUCGACUUCCACCCUGAAGACACCAUGGAAUUUACCCAUUAUUUUGCAAAAUGAAAGGCACAGCCGUUUUCGUUUUACUGACCUGGUGAGCUCCGAUGUUGUGGUAAGGGAUUAUGUGGCCGCCUUGGUGCGCUAUGGCAUUGCCUUCAUAGACGAUGUUCCGGCCAAUACCACAAUGACCGAAAUGGCCAUACGUCGUGCCUUCCCUGUCAUGAAGACAUUCUUCGGUGAAAUGUUUACCUUCACAGAUGCUGCCGAUCAUGCCGACACAGCCUAUUCCAAGGAGUACUUGGGUUCCCACACCGAUAAUACCUAUUUUUGUGAUGCCGCCGGGGUGCAGGCUCUGCACUGUUUGCAGCAUGUAAAUGGUGAGGGUGGUGAGAAUUUCUUUGUUGAUGGUCUUCACUGUGCCCUGGAAUUGAAACGAAGAAAUCCCAAAGCAUUUGAAUUACUCACGCGCGUACAUUUGCCAGCUGAGUACAUUGAAGAGGGCCAACAUCACAUCCACUCGGCUCCAAUGAUACGUUUGGACCCAGUCACCCAAGAAAUUAUCCAGCUACGUUUAAAUGUCUACGAUCGUGCCGUUUUCAAUACCAUACCCCAGGGGGAUAUGAUGGAAUUCUAUGAGGCAUUUUGUGAAUUCCUGGAAAUUGUCCAGAGUCCUGAUAAUCAGUGGCGUUUCAAAUUGUAUCCCGGCACCGUAGUUGUCUUCGAUAAUUGGCGUGUCUAUCAUGGCCGCUAUUCGUAUACGGGCAGUAGAACCAUGACGGGCUGUUACGUACAAAGAACUGACUUUUUGAGUAAAGCUAGAGUUUUGGGAAUUAUUGAUUGAAUGUUGUAACGCUUUUUGUUUCAAUAAAAUUGAAAAACAAAUAA